AUGGAGUGCACCCUCAGCAAGUUUGCAGAUGACACCCAACUGGGUGGUGUGGUCAACAUGCCUGAGGGAUGGGAUGUCAUCUGGAGGAACCUGGACAAGCCUGAGAAGUGGGCCUGUAGCACCUCGGGCACGGGAAGGGACGCGUCUUUCCGUCCGGCGGGCAGGUUCCUCAGCCAGGCUCGGGCAGCAGGACCUGGCCGGCACCCGGAGAUGGUGAGCUUCACGGUGGCCUUGGCCUCGCUCGGCUCUGGAGAGCCGGUUGCUGAAGCACCCGCGGGGACCUGCGUGUCUGACCCGAGGCAGGAGGAACGCGGACCUACAGCCCUGCUCGGGGAGGUUUUCUGGGGCUUGCACAGGCGGCGGGAGCUCUGCCUGCUGCAGAAAGGUGCCAAGCCGGUGAACAAGAUGAAGAUGGCCAUGGUGAACACACCCCUGGCCAUGAGGGUCCUGCCUCUUGCCCCCUCCGUGGGCAGCCUGGACAUGGCCCCUGCUAGCAACAAAACUGAGGACCAAGUGAAGCACCUGCUGCUGCAAGGAGACCCCAGGAAGAUCUUCCCAGACCUGAAGGACAACAUGAUGGACAACCUGAAGAGCCUGAAGAAGACCAUGAGUGACGCAGACUGGAAGUCCUUUGAAUCCUGGAUGCACAAGUGGCUGCUGUUUGAAAUGGCCAAGAACCCCAAGCCGAAGGAGCGCAAGGCGAUCCCGGCGGUGAAAGUGCAAACUAAGUGCCAGGCGGAGGCCAGUUCUGGGGGUGUCCGGCCGGGUCGCUUCCGCCCGCAGUGCGAUGAGAACGGCGAUUACCUGCCCAAGCAGUGCCAUGCCGCCACGGGCUACUGCUGGUGCUGCUACAAAAAUGGCACCAGGAUUGAGGGCACUGCCACUCGGGAAAAGCUGGACUGCCCGGAUGCCGCUGCCGCCGCUGCCACCACCGCGGAGCCGGAGGAGAUCUUCUCCGGGGGACAGACGGACGCUGCCGGAGGCCGCUUAUCUCUGCUGGUGACAGAGGACAGCAACGUCCAGGCUGGGCAUCCAGUUCUCAGCAGCUAG